GAGCAGCCUUCAGAAAAGCGCACGGCAUUCAUUAGGAUCUUACAUACUAACAAGAAAGGUGAUUUUGAACACAAAGGCAUGUGAUGAAACCUCUCAACUGGGAGAGCAAAACUGACUUAAUAUCUGCAAAGAAAAUGAAACUUUACUCUUAGUGAACAAGAAACACUGCAAGUACUGUGCACAAGAAAACAAGGCGACAGUGACUUCCACGUAUACUAACAGAAACUGUGAUAUCCCUGUGAUAGUAAUCAACGGGUAGUCAACUUACAACUUAAACACAGCAAAGAUGCCUAUGGAAAUCGUCAACCCAGACCUCAUCCUCGAAGGUGACGAGGCCGAGGAGCCGGAAGUGUCCGAGGGCUCAGAGACAGAGGAGGAGCGUGAGGGCAUAGACGAGAACCGGAAGGAAAAGAGACGCGCCAACAUACAGCGGGAACUUGCUGAUGCCAUCGUCCGUCUGGCGCCCCUGGAUGAGCUGAAGAUUCUUCUCAAGUGUGGGGCUAACGUGAAAGACUCAGUGACACAAGGGUUGACUCCCUUGCAUUAUGCUGUAUGGCAGCGCUAUCCCGAGGCAGCUGAAUUCCUCAUUGGUGAAGGAUGUGACAUCAACGCUCGCGACGAGAUCGGCUACACGGCCUUGCAUCUGUCGGCCGAGCACGGGUACACAGACAUGAUGGACGUGCUGCUCAAGAACGGGGCGCAGGUAAACUUCAAUAUUCCUCCGGAGUUCGACGAUGACUUCCCUACAGAUGCUGGGGACGAGCCUCUGAGACUAGCUCUGAAGCACGAUCAUUACGACGCCGCCAAACUGCUCUUGGAAAAUGGCGCGAACCCCAACGCCAAAUACUUCUUCGGCUCGGAGAUCAACCUCAUCAACCCCCUGAACAUACAGCUCUUGAACCUCCUCCUCACAUACGGCGCUGAUCCCAAUUCCCGCGACAGACAAGGUUUCACGCCUCUCAUGAAGUGUUGCCGUCUUCAGCAGGAUGCGUCAGAAGAGAUGGAAAACCGAGACAACAUCACCGGCCCAGAAAUCCUACGACACUUCGCUCAGUCGCUGCGGGGUCUUGAGAGUGUUCUCCUCCUCAUUUCCUUCGGCGCUGACGUCAACGCCCGUACUGAAGGUCGACAUGACUACAGGUGGCAAUACCUUCACUCUGAGUCCUCCCGCCCCUGCAACCUGUCCCCUCUCAACAGGUCCGUCCUUCACUACGCCGUCCUUUCGGGCUCCAUCCCCAUCGUCAACCUCCUCCUCAAGCAAGGCGCUCAAGUUAACUUCGAGGCCGAGUACAACAAGCCGACGCCCCUCGACCUGGCCAUCCUCAAGGGCGACGUUGAACUGGUGCGACUCCUGCUCGACAAUGGAGCCAACGUGAACGCCAGCUCUCCCAUCAUCGGCUCGCCCUUGCACAUGGCCUGCAGCGAAGGGAUUUCCAACCGCCUGCCGAUCCUGAAACUCCUGCUGGAGAAGGGAGCGAACCCCAACCUGGUGAUUAUCGGCGAUGAUGGUUCCCCAAUCAAGCCGCCCAUUGGAGAGUAUCUGUCUUCCAAUGAAGAGCACGAUGUCGAGGUGGUUAACCUGUUCCUCAGGCAUGGCGCAGAGGUGGUGAUGCAGAGCCAGAACAGAGACCCCCGCGGAAUCCUGAACUGUCUCCCCAACCUAACCAAGACCCCGGACGUUCUCAUUUCUCUUCUCGAGGCCGCGCAACGUUUUGAUCUCGCGAUUAUCAAACAUUCGUCACUGAUUGAUAAUGAUCAGCGGAAAAUAUACCUCAAGGUUGGCCAGUCUCCCUUGCCCCUUAAGCACCUAGCCAGAAUCCUCCUUAGGCAGGAACUGGGCGAUAAGAUGCCUGUUAGAAUCGACGAACUUGACCUGCCUGCGAUUAUGAAGAAAUACCUUUUGUAUGAGAUCAGUUAACUGCUUGAGAUCUAAUACAGUAGAUUAAGUCGUAAUGUAAGAAUUGUAUUAUAUAACGUUUCAUUUAU